AUGGCCUCCGCCAACGACACCCGGCAGGCCCAGAAAGAUGCCGCCGACCAGAACUUCGACUACAUGUUCAAGCUGUUGAUCAUCGGGAACAGCAGCGUGGGGAAGACGUCCUUCCUGUUCCGCUACGCCGACGACUCCUUCACCUCGGCCUUCGUCAGCACCGUGGGCAUCGACUUCAAGGUCAAGACGGUCUAUAGGAACGAGAAGAGGGUCAAGCUGCAGAUCUGGGACACCGCAGGGCAGGAGAGAUACAGGACGAUCACGACGGCUUAUUACCGAGGAGCCAUGGGCUUUCUGCUGAUGUACGACAUCGCCAACCAGGAUUCCUUCAACGCCGUGCAGGACUGGGCGACCCAGAUCAAGACCUACUCGUGGGAUAACGCCCAGGUGAUCCUGGUGGGGAACAAGUGUGACCUCGAGGACGACCGAGUGGUGGCCACGGAGGAUGGCAAGCGGCUGGCUGAUGAGCUAGGGUUUGAAUUCUUCGAAGCCAGCGCCAAGGACAACAUCAACGUCAAGCAGGUCUUUGAGCGCCUGGUGGACAUUAUCUGCGAGAAGAUGAACGAGAGCCUGGACACCAACUCCACCCUCGUCAGCAACAGCAAGAAUGGGGCCCUGACCGAGACUCCGCCCCCGCAGUCCAGCAGCUGCUCUUGCUAG